AUGGUUGAGAUUGCGGCCUUUAUUUUAUGGCAAAUUUGGAAAUUACGUUGUGAUUUUGUGUUUGAUAAUGCUCAAGUGAAUGUGCAGAUUGUAGUUAAUCUGUCAAACCAAAAUAGACAUGAUUGGAUUACUAGCAAUAGUAAUCAGUUGAAUAGAGUUCAUCAUGGAACUAGAGCUAGAGUACAUGUCCCUUGGAAAAGUCCUCCUGAAUCUUUUACAAAAAUUAACUUUGAUGCGUCCUUUUCUAAAGACACUAAGCUCAUGCGUACAGGUCUAAUUGUGGUUGAUGAUGCAGAAGAAUGGAAAGCAGCAGGUUGUAUACCAGCAGUAGCUCAGGAUGCUGAAAAGGCUAAGGCACAGGAUGCUUUGGAGGGUAUCAAAUGGGUAGUUGCAAAUCAGGUUAUCAACCUUUAG